AUGCUAACGGUCAAUACUAGGGCAGCAUGGUCCGGCACAAGAAUUAUUCUACGCCAGGUCUCCCCAGAAUCUAUUGGGAUCUUUGAAUUUAUAAUGGAGCUUCACAGAUCAUGCGGUGGCGACUGGAAUCAAUUUUCAGAAGAUUAUGGAGUAGAUGUAGAGGACCUUGAAGCAUUUCUCGAAUUUGCAGCUACUUUCCUAUCUAAUGUCGGGAAUUAUUGUGGGUCAGGAGACCAGAAGUUCAUUCCACAGCUACGUCCCGAAAUUGCUCUCGUUUCGAGGCAUAUGGAUGCCCAUUCCAUACUACCCGAAAAUACCAGAGUACGGAAAACUGGUGAAACUUCAUUCGAGGUCCUUCAGGCUUCAAUCAUAUCAACGGAUCAAACAGAGCCCUUGGACAUUACGAACUCAUCUGCCAGUGUAAGGUUGGUCCGUGGUGAUCAUGCCGAAUACCUAGAGAAUAUUUGCGAAAGCCUGGCAAGAGCUACGGAGUACGCUGCGAACGAUACCCAGAAGAAAUUCCCAACUCAAUACAUUGAAAGCUUCCAAACUGGCAACCUUGAGGCGUAUCGGGAUUCUCAACGGACAUGGAUUGCAGACAAAGCACCUAAAGUUGAGAAUAUAUUCGGCUUUGUGGAGCCAUAUCGAGACCCAGCUGGUAUUCGCGCUGAGUUUGAAGGCUUGGUUGCGAUCGCGGAUGCCAAUGAGACAAAGCUCUUCAUUCAUGCGCUCGCGUAUUGUUCGUGUAUAAUUUUCCCUGGAAUUAACCUUCCCAGUUAUAACGAUAUCCGUCAAGGUGUGGGAUUCAAAAAUGUCAUCAUCGCAAAUCGUAUGAUAGCUGAAAGUACUGCGAUGCAAUGGCCGUUCAUCGACGAUUCUGAAGUCGAGGUAUUUAGGAAGCACAAGCACCCCGCGUACUACUGGUGGGUUGUGCUCCACGAGUUGCUGGGCCACGGCACAGGUAAGAUGAUGAUUGAAGAAGCUACUAACAAGUUCAACUUCGACUCCAAGAACCCGCCGAUCAACCCUCUUGACGGGAAACCUAUAAGAACUUGGUACAAACCAGGUCAAACAUGGACUGGCCAAUUUGGCGACUUGGCAACGACAUUAGAUGAGUGUAGAGCCGAGCUUGUGGGGGCUUAUCUUAUGGAUGAUCCAGAGCUACUGGCUCUCUUCGGCUUCACAGAUGAAUCGGCUAUUCGAUCUAGGGAUUUAACCUAUAAUCUCUACCAACAGCUCGGGGUUGAUGGUCUUCGAGCUCUCUCCAAUUAUAAUGUCGAUGGCAUGAAAUGGGGACAAGCUCAUAGCCCGGCUCAUUUCGCUAUACUUAAAUGCUUGCUCCGGUUCGGUCACGGAUGCAUCAAUAUUCAUCAUGAUAUGGCUACCAAAAAGCUGAGAGUACAAGUCGACAGAUCAAAGAUAGCCAGUCAUGGAAAGAAGGCGCUUGGCGAGAUGCUAUUGCGCCUUCACGUAUAUCGCUGUACGGCCAAUGUUGAAGAGUGUAGGGAAUACUAUGAAGAACUGUCUCAUGUAGACGGGGAAUAUCUAACGUGGAGAGAAACGGUUGUUAAAAACAAACUACCCCCUUUAUUGAAUGUACAAUCCAAUACUUUUAUCGAGAAGGGCAUAGUUGUGUUGAGAGAAUACGAGCCCACUAUUGAGGGUAUCAUUAAGAGCUGGUACGAGCGCGGAGUUUAA